AUUUUCCGAGUCUCUAUCUCUUGCUUUAUCAACAGUUCGGUAACUACGACAAAGAAAAACAGGCGGGAAACCAAAUCAAUGGAGGAUUCUUAGCUUUUUCUCUGUAACUCCCAUUAUCGUAUCUUCAGCUUAGUGAGAUAGAUGGAGGAAAUUGGCGGCGGAAGCAUCAGCAGCAAUGGUGUGGUGAUGAAGAAGGAAGGAUUAGGGUUUUCUAAAAGGGGAAUUAAAAUAGAGAAUCCUUUUGCUUUUAAGGCUCUUCAAGUCUUCACUGGAUUUGGCGUUGGUUGUGGAGUUGGUAUUGGUAGUGGUGCACCUUUGAAUCUCGGUAGUAUUCCAAUGGUGGGGGAAAUUAUGAAUUCAGCUAGAGGAGCAACCAAUGUAUUUUCGGGUGCCACACACCACGUGAAUGGCGCUUUGCGGAAGCUUGGAGCGAGGAACAUUCAAGCAGGUGUUGGCUGUGGAGUUGGCUUUGGUCAUGGUUUCGGAGUUGGCAUUGCAGUGAAACCAAGUGCCAUACACAAACUUCAAGCUUCUAUUAUGGGAACUGCAUCCAACUUGAUGACUAAACUUGGAAGAACGAGUGAGACCACCUCAAGUCAAACUGAGACUGAAGACCAGGUGUCUCAAUCUGUAACCGGUCACAAGAAACAUGUGGACACAAAAGCAUCUUUGAAGAACAGUGGUUCCUCUACUAAUUCAAGAACGUUUGGUACUCGAACUGAGAAAGUGAUCAACAGUUUUCUCGACAACCCUAUUCUGAAACACCAGGACACAACUGCGGAAGAACGACAGGUCACACAACUAGAAUCGGAGAGCUUAAUGCUUCAAAUGGUGCUGAAACAUCAGAAACUCAUUGAUGAAGUAAUGGAAGAGAACGAAAAGCUUCGAAGGAUAAUCAUAGAAGAUCUCAAAGUUUCACCCGAAAAACUGAAAUUAGUUUCCUCUUACAAUUACGAAACACCACCAUGCAAAGAUUGCUUUGAGUGUCGUAGAAAACAGAGAAGAAAUAGAGGAAGAAAGCUGUAAGCCAAUUCCUUCAUUUGUUAUGAGAUAAAGAAAUUUUUCACAAUAUCAGACAAAACACAGAAUACAAAGA